AUGCUUCACCCAAUCCUCGAUCUGAGCAGUUUCAACGUGACAAUUACAUUUACAGUACCGUCAUUUGUGGUCGGCGCGCUGCUAGGCCCAUUCUGUGCGGGCCUCAUCGACGUCAAUCGCUGGGUUGGGGACGAUGAUGUGGGUGACGCUGCAUACGCUCUCACUCGUCUUGUGAUUGGCAUCCAAAUGGUCAAGGUUGGCUAUGAGCUGCCGAAACGAUAUCUUCGGUUACGACUGGUCGAGUUGACAAUAUGCCUGCUUCCCUUGAUGACGCUGCAGUGGCUACUCACGUCUUCGUGCAUCUUGUUGAUGAUACCCCACUUAUCUUUCCUAACCGCGUUGAUCAUCGGAUCUUGUGUGAUCUGCAUCGACCCGGUUCUAUCCCAGGCCAUUGCCAAAGGCCCGUUUGCUGACAAGUACGUUCGUCGACACCUGCGCGAGUUCAUUUCAGCUGAGGCCGGAGGAAAUGAUGGCUUUGGAUUCCCAUUUUUAAUAUUGUCGAUCGCCCUGCUACGCUACGCGGAUUCGCCAGGUACUGAAAUAUCCAAACGCGAUUGGAUUGGAGAGAAGGACACCGGGCGGUUUGGAGGAGAUGUCGGUCGUGCGCUGGCACACUGGGCUGUGGAGGGCGUGUUAUAUAUGAUAAUCAUGGGCUCAGGUUAUGGCUUACUUGUGGGCUUUCUUGGUCGAAAGGGUAUAAAUUUGGCUUCUAAACGAAGAUGGGUCGACAGGGAGAGUUUCUUCUUGUUCCCAGUCGCUAUUGGGAUGUUUGUUGUCGGCACAUGUGGAUGUUUCGGAACCGACGAGACGUUGGCCUGUUUUAUCGCCGGAUGCGCAUUGAAUUGGGAUGGAUUAUACCAUUCCGAGAUUGAAGCCCGGCACGAUUCUUUCAACAACUCCAUUGAGAUGAUUCUCAACUUUGCUACUUUCAUGUUUAUCGGCGCAGUCAUGCCCUGGGACCAGCUGCAUCUUCCAAAAGUCACCGGAAUUACUGUCUCUCGACUCGUUACACUGGGUAUUUUGGUGGUUCUAUUCCGGCGCAUUCCAGCCGUUCUAAUGGGAUAUCGUUUCAUGCCGAAGGUUUGCAGCAACUGGAAGGAAGCUUUGUUUAUGGGAUACUUUGGUCCAAUUGGCGUGGGGGCUAUCUCAUAUGUCGAGUAUGCUCGCCGUCUUCUACCAGAUCCAGGAGAGAGCGAUGACGAAGUCAACCAUCUGAUUGCAGCAAUGGUCCCGGUUGUAUACUGGCUUGUAUUCUUCUCGAUUGUUGUCCAUGGACUCUCGAUUCCAGUGUUGAACGGUAUUUACAAAUGGCUUCGGGUUGCGACGAUUCACGAUCAUCCUGUGGAGGUUCUUAUGCUCUCUGAGAAUGAACCCGUUCCUAACAAUAGCGUUGUCCAUCGCGAGUCGCACUUGAUGACGGUAAAUAAUCGCUUCUCGUGUAUCUCUAGCGAUUGUCGACCGACCGACAACUGUGAUGGCUCGGACAUGGCUAGAUUACGGUUUAGUCGGGAUUGUGAAUUAUCACUUGAUCGGCUUUCGUCAAAAGAGUCAUCUGUAAGUCAGUCAGAGCACAUUAGAGAAGUCGUUUAG